UGCAACUUAUUUGCAACUCGCGUUUUCUAGAAAGAACUUCAUCCUUCUAUUUUCAGGCCAAGCUACCAGAAAGAAAAUAACUAGUCAUUUUCUAGGACAAAAUUUCAUUUCGUUUCCAUAGACAACGAGAGAAAAAGAAAGGGAAAACCAAUUCUCCUCUCUCACUUCACCUACGUAACUAACUAACGGUAACGAUGUCAGCAUACCGAUGGAAAAGCUUCGACGAGAACCAGGACCGCCCCUCCAAACCUCGCCGCUAUGGCGUCACCGAGAUGCGAAGCCCUCAUUACACUCUCUUCAAUCACAAUGUUCUUCAGAAUAUUUUUGAUUCUAUGGGAGAAUAUGUUGAUGGUUUGAAGUUUUGUGGAGGUUCUCACAGUUUGAUGCCAAAAGCUUUUAUCAAACAAGUCAUUGAUAUGGCUCAUCAGCAUGAUGUUUAUGUUAGCACUGGCGAUUGGGCUGAACAUAUGAUUCGCAAAGGUCCAUCAGGCUUCAAAGACUAUGUUGAGGAGUGCAAGCAGUUGGGGUUUGAUACAAUUGAGCUGAAUGUGGGUUCCCUUGCAGUUCCUGAAGAAACCCUUUUGAGAUUUGUUCGAUUGGUCAAAACUAGUGGUAUGAAAGCUAAGCCUCAUUUUGAAGUUAUGUUUAAUGAGUCUGAUAUUCCAAGAGGUGGUGAUAGAGCUUAUGGGGCAUAUAUUCCUCCAGCACCUAGAUCAUUUGAAUUAGUAGAAGAUGUGGAUCUCUUGAUUAGAAGAGCGGAGAGGUGUUUAGAAGCAGGUGCAGACAUGAUAAUGAUUGGUGCUGAUGAUGUCUCUAAACAUGCUGAUAAAAUGCGCGCGGAUGUAAUUGCAAAGAUCAUAGGGCGCCUUGGUCUUGAGAAGACAAUGUUUGAAGCAUCAAAUCAGAGCACAUCCGAAUGGUUUAUCAAACAAUAUGGUCCAAAUGUGAACCUUUUCAUUGAUCACUCGCACUUGGUGGAUGUGGAGUGCAUCCGAGGACGUAACUUGGGAAGAAAUCAUGCUUCUGUCCUUGGUUCUUCAUAUCUCCUGUUCUGAAGUGAUGGGAAUUUGUAAAGCAUUAACACCCCGUGGGGGUUGAGUUCUUGUUGUUUAUGUAAAAGUCUUGCGUUGUUCAUUACCGUGUGUGUAACAUUUUCUUCAAUGAGUGAAUCUAGAGACGACUUAAAUGGAGAGAUUGAAACAAAUGAAUGUAACAUAUCUUUCAUGGAAUUUAUUUCCUUUCUUAUAUUUAGGUGUUAAAAGAAACUUGUCUUA